UGUGUGUGCCGAGUGUGAGUGUAUAUGUGUGUGUGUCUGGGGGUACUGAGGGGUACGUGGGGGCGAAGCAGAACCAGCCAUGGCAGCAGCGGAGGAAGAGGACGGGGGCCCUGAAGGGCCAAAUCGCGAGUGGGGCGGGGCGGGCACGACCUUCAAAUGUAAUAUAUGUCUGGAGACCGCUCGCGAAGCUGUGGUCAGCGUGUGCGGCCACCUGUAUUGUUGGCCCUGUCUUCAUCAGUGGCUGGAGACACGGCCAGACAGGCAAGAGUGCCCCGUGUGUAAGGCUGGCAUCAGCAGGGAGAACGUUGUCCCUCUUUAUGGGCGAGGGAGCCAGAAGCCCCAGGAUCCCAUAUUGAAAACUCCACUCUGCCCCCAGGGCCAGCGACCAGCUACAGAGACCAGAGGGGGCUUCCAGCCAUUCGGUGACACCGGGGGCUUUCACUUCUCAUUUGGUGUUGGUGCUUUUCCCUUUGGCUUUUUCACCACCGUGUUCAAUGCCCACGAGCCUUUCCGAAGGGGUGCAGGUGUGGAUCUGGCACAGGGUCACCCAGCCUCCAACUGGCAAGAUUCCCUCUUCCUGUUCCUUGCCAUCUUCUUCUUUUUCUGGCUGCUCAGUAUUUGAGCUGCGUCUCUACCCUGCCCACCUCUAGCUAGAGGAGAAUCAGUAUUGGGGUCCCUGCUGGCCAUUCCUUGCUUUUGGACCACCCUCACUUCCAUGACCUGUCUCUGUCGGCGCUGAGGAGGAGUGGCCCGCCCGCUGCGGAUGGGAGUAUCUGCUGCUCUGUGCUGCUGGCUCAGUAGCAGUCAUCCCCACCUGGAGGAGGACGGACUAAAGACAGCCACCCAAUUCCCCUUUGUUCCAAUCCUUUGCUUCCCCCAGAUUUCUUGAUUUGAUGUUCAAAGGUGGGC